UAUCGAUAGUGCCCUUGAUGGUUUGACACCUCUAGCUUCUUGGUUUUGUUGGUUGAAAAUAUAAUUAAAAAUUUAUUCCAACUACUAUUAUUCUGCAAGACGAGGCCCAAGCACCACCAAACACCAACACCACCACAUACUCAGAGUCUCGCGCGGCAGCGGUGGCGGCAUCAAAAAUACCGAAGAAGCACAAAAAAGAAAAAUUUGCAAGGUGUGUGUGUGUUUGUGUGACGUCGAGGACCGAGUCGAGUCUUUGCCCCUGGUGCGUGCGCUCUAGUAGGGACACACACUGUGCGAGUAUUAGUGUAUCCUUUGGCAUUUCUGAGAGCUUGGUUGGAGUGACACGAGCGCGAGGAAAAGCGAAAAGCGUACGCUUCUACCAAAAAAUAAUAAACAACUGCAGCGUAAAGCGGCGUGAAGCCAAUAGCCAAGCCGCACUCUGCAAUGGAGAAGAGAAUAGAGCUGGAGCGGCGUGGACGGAAGGCGAACCAGAUCACAGAGCUGAACCUGGAUAACUGCCGUAGCACAAGCAUUGUUGGCUUUACAGAUGAGUACACCGCCUUAGAAUCACUCAGUUUGAUCAACGUGGGACUCACCACACUGAAAGGUUUCCCCAAAUUGCCCAGUCUGAAGAAGCUGGAGCUAUCCGAUAAUAGGAUUUCGAGCGGCCUCAACUAUCUGACCACCAGCCCCAAACUUCAGUAUCUGAAUUUGUCUGGGAACAAAAUAAAGGACCUGGAAACACUGAAGCCCUUGCAGGAGUUCAAAAGUCUAGUGGUACUGGAUCUGUUUAAUAACGAUGCCACUCAAGUGGAUAACUAUCGUGAGAAGAUAUUCAAGAUGUUGCCAUCGUUGAACUUUUUGGAUGGCUUCGAUUGUAAUGACGAGGAGGCGCAGUCGGAGGGAGACGACGAUGAAGAGGUCAACGGCAAUGAUUCCGAAGAAGAAGAUAAGCGCAAUGCCUUCUGUUUGAAUGGGUUAGAAAUCGAUUUAGACGAGCUCGAGGAGCUGGAGCAGCGCGUAAAGGCAAAAAAGAGUUUGCAGGAAAAACCACCUGCGCCCUUAGAGGACACAGACGUAGACGACUUAGACGAAUAUUUAAAAGAAUUGCAGCUGAGAGAAUCGAAAGCCGCAACAGACCAACAAUCUGUGAUAGAGGCAGACCCUGCAGCAAUCGAACAACCAAAUAGAAACCCAAACAUAAAUUUCGCAAUCCUACUCUAUUGGUUUUUAGCAAUUUUAAAUCUGGCCAAUGCAACAUAUUUUUCCGGCGAUGAUGACGAAGAGGAUGGCGACAGCGAUGACAGUGAUGAGGAUGGGGACAAUGGCGAGGUCUCUCUGUCGGAGGUGUACAAUGAUGAUUUGGAGGAGGACAACUCCGACUGGGAGGAGGGCGAGGGUGGAGCCGACGACGAUGAGGAGGACUCUGACAUUGAUGAUGCCGAUGGUGAGGCAAAUGAAUCGAGCGCCUCACUGAAUGCCUCCAAGAAGGAGUCCGAGAAGACAGAGAAAGAGACAGAUGAGUCGCAAGCCAGGGGCAAGAAGAGAAAGCACGAUGGCUAAGCGCUUGAUCUACCGCUGUAGCGUCUUUGUACGUUUUAAAUUUAAAUAUAUACACCGACACUGACAUAUACACACAGCAACACACAUCAUAUGUUUUGAUAGAAAAAAGAUGACUAAAAACCAUUAGGAACCCACAUUUGUUUCUUUAAAAUGUAAGCUAACAAGAUCGAAAACCGACACAACAGACAGAAGAUAAAUAAAAUGGAGAUCGUACUAAUCAAAAAAACAAAUUAAGAAAUUAGUUUAAGCGAACACUAAGAAGUGCGGAGAAGAACACAAAACAAAUCAACACACACCCACACACACACACACACAUUACAUUACUAUAGCUUCAUCCGAAGACAGGUUCCAGCUUCAAUUAAAUGAAAUUCGUCAAUAUGGAAAAUUGCUUGAAAAAGUUGUAAAAUUGCUUAGCAUUAAGUUGCAAAAUGUAUAACUAUGAUGAACUAUGUACAAUUGGUCGGAUCGAGUCGAUCCUCUCCCAUCUAGCGUUUCAACAAACAACACAAAACAAAGCAAAAUCACAAUUUUCAAUAUUUCAUCAAAAACAAUUGUGGCGAGUUUUUAUUUUCGAAAUGUUUUUAAUGCUUUUUAAUGUUUUGCAGUCUACACAAUUACUGCUAAGAACUUUUAACUAACUCUUAAGUCAUUCCUUCUUUGAAUGUGGAUAUGUUCGCGGGUGGAACGAACAAAAGUCCGACCCAUAUUUUAGAGCACUUUCAUUGUUAUCCAUCUCUUACCUUACCCCCUAUAUGUAUCCAUAAUUAUAUAUCUCUCUAUACACCCCCGCCACACGUACUGUUAAGCAAAGCAUAAUUUUUCAUUGAAUGAGGCACGUAAAACUAAGUGCAUCUGUUUUAGGACGGAAUUUUCUUUUAAUAAACAUGUACGAGUAUGCAACAACUACAA